AUGCAAACAACAUCAGCCAAGAAACAUAUUUUAGCAUUCAUAUAAUAUUUCAUCCACUACCAGAAACCAAUUCUCAAAAUACUAAAAUAAUCAUGUCUGAUGAGGUGAAGCACCACCACCACUUUGGUCACCACAAAGACAAUGAGGAAGAGAGGCAAUCUUCCUAUGGUGAAAACACUUAUGGCACUGAAAAACCUUAUGGCCAAUCAGGCGGCUAUGGGGAAGAGUCUUAUGAGAGGAAAAACACCUAUGGUGAUGACUCUUAUGAGAGGAAAAACACCUAUGGUGAUGACUCUUAUGAGAAGAAAAACACCUAUGGAGAUGACUCUUCUUGUGAGAGGAAAAACACCUAUGGAGAUGACUCUUAUGAGAGGAAAAACACCUAUGGAGAUGACUCUUAUGAGAAGAAAAACACUUAUGGAGGUGAGGAGUCUUAUGAGAGGAAAAACAGUUAUGGAGAUGGGCAAACAGACAAGUAUGGGAGUGAAGGCGGCAUAGAAGCGGAGGAAGGGAGAAGUCAUGAGGAUUACGAAAAGGAGAAAAAACACCACAAGCAUCUCGAACAGCUCGGCGGGCUUGGCACCGUCGCCGCCGGUGCCUAUGCCUUGUACGAGAAGCACGAGGCAAAGAAAGACCCAGAGAAUGCGCACAAGCAUAAGAUAGCAGAAGAGGUGGCGGCAGCAGCUGCCGUUGGAUCAGGUGCAUUUGCAUUCCAUGAGCAUCAUGAGAAGAAGGAAACUAAGGAGGAAGAAGAAGAGGCUGAGGGAAAGAAGAAGCAUCACUUCUUUUAAUUACUGCACUACUCCGUAUAUAUAUUAUGUGUUUUUACGUGUUUGUGUUUGUGUGAAUAAUGGGUUUGGGCUUAUGCAUGUUGAGGUACGAGGAGGGUUUCUUUGUACCUGUACCUAGCUAAGCUACCUACUCUAGUCCUGUAUGUCCAUUGAGAUGUUUUAUUAUUCUCUAGUAUAUGUGAAUCGGAUUAUAAUAAUACUAAUACUACUAUAAAGUUUAUUAUA